AGCGCUUGUCGUCGUACGCGGGCCAGUGACACCAACACCAAAACCAACACCAACACCGGAAUCAGAAUAAGAAGAAGCAGUCGCAGUUGUCGUGCCUGUGCCUGUGGCCGCUCUGAUCAAUCGGGCAGGCGUGGACCUACAAGACCCUUGCCCUCCCCUGCCCCUCCCUUGCGAUGGAUGCUGCAGCAGCAACUGCAGCGGGAGUCGUAGUAGUCGUCGUAGCAGCAGCAGCAGCGGCGGUAAAAGUAUAAUUGCUCUGCGUUGAGCAAGAGCUGGAUCGGCGACGAUUUGACCGCGACAGACAAGGCCAGACACGCGCGAAGGAAGGGAGGGCGGGCGGGAUUGACCGGGCUUCCGUCUUCGUAGCCCGUGCGGAGGAGGAGGAGGAGGAGGAGGAGGAGAGCCAGGCCUCGGGGCCCUUCGUCUGCCGACAAUCUACGGUACGCGUUCCAUUCCAGAAUCGAGAACGCAGAUUUCCGCUGGCUCCAUUUCCGCGCCGGGCGUUUCAUGGGGUCGUUCUUUCAGCUGGUGGUGGUGACAGUGGAGGCGGGGCACGUGGUGGUGGUGGUUGGUUUCCGACUCAGUGCUCGCGCAGCUCGCUGACUCACUGACUGACUCACUGGCUGGCUGUCUGGCUGCGCGGGCCGAUUUGUGGAUGUGGGCGAUUUCAAUUUCCUGGUUUCUGCUCUGGUGCUGGGGUGGGAAUUGGUGCAUUCACGCGGGCGGGCGAGUGAGGGAGACGUGGGUGGUGCUAGCUGCAGGCGAGGUUUGCUUUUCGAAGUGGGGGACGAUGGGAUUUACAUGAAUUUCGUGUUGUGUGUGGGUUGGAAUUUGGAUGUCAAUUCGGGAAGGUUACAGGAUCCGAUUAGGAUCGUUCAAGAAGCAGCAGCAGCAGCAGCAGCAGCAGCAGCAGGUAGCUCAAGCGCAAGAGGAGCUCAGAUCCAGUAGUCCUAGGGUUUUGGAGCCCCUCUGUUCUGCCUCUUCCCACAUGGCGUCCCGGAGCGGGUCUCCGAAGAAACGAAACGAGACUUUGAGACUGAUAGUAAUUACUUUCUGCGGCGUUGCUCUAGGCUUUUUCAUCGGUAUCUUCUUUACAAGGUUUGGAUUGACUUAUAGACUUGGGAAUGACUUCUUGAGGGCUCAAGACAUUCAGUUAAAUGACCCUGCGGCCUCUUCUCCUUCUCGCCACCCACGAGGAACGGAAGGCCUUCCUUUGGGAAUUAUCGUCCCAGAGACAGAUCUGUAUCAGCGAAGAUUAUGGGGAAAUCCUUCUGAGGACUUGCCGUCUUCGCCAUCUAAGUACCUUGUAACUUUCACUGUUGGUAUCAAGCAGAAGGAAAUCGUGAACAAGGCAGUUGCAAAGUUUCCCAAGGAGUGGACAAUCUUGCUUUUUCAUUACGAUGGUGUCACUGAUGAUUGGGAUGACCUCGAGUGGUCCAAGACUGCCAUUCACAUUAGUGCUAAGAAACAAACUAAGUGGUGGUACGCCAAGCGAUUUUUGCACCCUGAUGUCGUUGCUCCAUACGAUUACAUUUUCAUUUGGGACGAGGACCUGGAUGUCGAAAACUUUGAUGGAGAAAAGUAUAUCCAUCUUGUGAGAAAGUACGGUCUGGAGAUAUCUCAACCAGCACUCGAACCUGACAAGGGAUUGACAUGGCAGAUGACAAAGCGCAGGGGUGAUGUAGAAGUGCACAAGACAACAGAGGAGCGGCCGGGUUGGUGCACUAAUCCUCUUCUUCCACCGUGCGCCGGAUUUGUGGAGAUUAUGGCCCCGGUAUUUUCUAAGAAAGCUUGGCGAUGUGUGUGGCACAUGAUUCAGAAUGAUCUUGUUCAUGGGUGGGGCUUAGACUUCAGUAUGCGGAGGUGUGUAGAGCCUGCGCAUGAAAAGAUUGGAGUCGUUGACUCGCAAUAUAUCAAGCAUCAGGUCGUACCAUCUCUAGGACAACAGGGAGAAGCCUCGGAUGGAAAACAGCCAUGGGAAGGGGUUCGCGAGAGGUGCAGGUUCGAGUGGAAGAUAUUCUCAGAUCGAAUCGAAGCGGCAGAGGCGCACGGGGCAGUGAGUUCUCUGCCUACAGAACCAUUGUAGAUACACCGGAGUUGAGUGCCACUUCACAAUUAGAUGUAGAUGCUUAUUUUUUGUUGCGCUACUCACUGCAGGGCAGUCAGGUAUCCAAACAGCUGCCAGAGGUUGUGAUUAUCAGCUAAUUUAGGAAAAGUUGUAUCACAAAACUGGUAUUAGUCAUAGAAGAAAAAUCUGGAUAUCUCAAAAAGUCCGGUUGGUGUCCACUCCGUCACCUUUAUACGGGCCAUUGUAGUUUUGAUGAGUGACGAGUGAACAUCCAUUAGAAGAAAGGAAUGCAGUUCCGUUUAAGAUAUAGGAAAGGCCGGCCCCAGUUUUUGCCCAUGUAUUCAAUACUUAGAGAAAAAAGUUACAAGUAGAGGUCGUGAUCAGGAUGUUGAAAUUGAUGGGUGACAAUCCCUGUCAGCCCUCGGGGACUCACUUGAGUGUGACUUAGACGCAGAGACCAUGACACAAGGGCUAAAGAAUAUCACUCUACACACCAUCUCGCAAUUUCAGAUGGCAUUGCUUUCAAUUUGAUAGAUUGUACUUU